AUGGCUGACCAGCACGGCAAAUACUGCCUCGCAACUGGCCAUUCCCCAACCGAAAAUACUACAUCGGAGGAUUGUCUCUUUGUCAAUGUGCAGUCCCCGUCCCGGGCGAAACCUGGCUCGUUGCCUGUUUUCCUAUACAUCCAAGGAGGCGGGUUCAACCUCAACUCCAACGCCAACAUCAAUGCCUCGGGGCUCAUACAAGCCAGCGGCCACAAUAUCGUGGUUGUCAGCUUCAACUAUCGUGUCGGUCCGUACGGAUUUCUUACCGAUGGGAAAGACAUCGCGCCCAACAACGGACUCCGCGACCAGGAAAAAGUCAUGCAGUGGGUGCAAAAGCACAUCUCCAAAUUCGGAGGGAACCCAAAUCAUGUUACGCUGGGGGGGUCGUCGGCGGGCGCUGAGAGCGUGGUAAUUCACCUCACCGCGCGCAAUGGUACGGACAGAGGAUACUUUCACGCCGUGACGGCGGAAUCGCCCUCCUUCGCAACAACCUUGACCGUGGCCGAGUCGCAGUACUUGUAUCGCCACUUUGCCACGAGACUGGGAUGCGUGGGCGCCGACAGCCUGUCCUGUCUGCGCAACAAGACGGCGCGCGAGCUGCAGGAGCAGAAUUUCAACAUUCCGCUGCCGGGGGCUGCGAAUCCGCCCAAUUACUUGUACGUGCCCUGCCUUGAUGGCGAGUACCUGACGGACUACACGUACCGAUUGAUUCAAGACGGUCGCUUCAUCAAGGUCCCGUCUAUAUUUGGCGACGAUACCAAUGGCGGGACAAAAUUUGCUCCCAGAAACGCGUCGACUCUCGCGGAGAGUAAUUCGUUCAUGCUGGACAACUACCCGUUCCUAACGCUGCGUCUUCUGGAGAAGAUGAACAAGAUGUACCCCAAUCCGAGUAAGACGUGCCCCAAGCUGGGCUGCUAUUGGAGACAAGCCAGUAAUACGUACCAAGAGGUGCGGUAUAUGUGCCCAGCACUGGCCAUGACAUCUGCUCUAGCCAACGCCGGAAUUACAAACUCGUUUGCUUAUAGGUGGAAUGUGGAAGACGAGGCACAAAUGAAGGCCGGCCUUGGAGUUCCUCAUACGUCCGAGUUUGAUGCCAUCCUAGGACCAGAAUAUGCCCCAAGUCCGCCAGAGAGCUACAAGAAGGGCGGCAUCAACUACCCGGCGUCGCCGGCGAUCCAGAAAUACUGGACAAAUUUCAUCCAAUACUAUGACCCGAAUCAGGGCGGCGACCCCGAGGUCAAGGUGGCCGAGUGGAAGGCCUGGUCAGGCGGUGCACAGGACCGGCUUGUCUUCCAGACCGGCGGGAGGACGGAGAUGGAACCCUUUGGAGACCGGCUGAACAAGAGAUGCUCUUUUUGGGCCCAGUAUGGCGUUCAGUUGCGGACGUAG